UAUUAAAUAAAAAAAAAUGUUUGAUAAAAUAACAUGAUGUCUGAUGAUAUUUACCGAUUAUUUAAUAUCGUUCUUGACAAGUUAGCUGCAGACACCUCACUUUUGUUGUUAUUGCAUUCACAAUAGAAUAUCAUCUGAAACUUCUAGUUUGCAAAAAAACCGAAAUCUUUGUACUAAAUUGUAAUUGUUUGACAUCUUCCUAUAAGUUCUAAUGGCUAUCAAACCAAUCAACCAUUUGAAUUUAGACCCCGAACAACAGAAGACAUUCGUGCGGUAUUAUAAAUCAUUACCAGAAAAGCCUUUAACGACCGUGAGGUUUUUCAAUCGACAAGAUUACUACACGGUACACGGCCAAGAUGCUACUUUUGCCGCCAAAGACUUUUACAAGACUAACCACUCAAUAAAAAUCAUCGGGUCAGAUAACGAAACUCUCGAAUCACUGAUAUUCAAUAAAGCCAACUUCGAAGCUUACAUUAAACAGUUAUUGUUGGUUAAUCAAUACAGAGUGGAGAUAUUUAUUAACAGAGGAGGGAAGUGGACUCUAGACUACAAGGGGUCACCUGGUAACUUAUCGCAAUUCGAAGACUUGUUGUUUGGCAACGUGGAACAGAUAGAAGCCAAUACAGUGAUAGCUUUAAAAUUAAGCUCAGACUUCAAAAACAACAAGAUCAUCGGAUUAGGAGCGGUGGAUUCGGUGGAACGGAAAUUUCAGCUAAGUGAAUUCACCGAUGACGAGUAUUUUUCCCAUACAGAGUGUAUGGUGAUAAAAGUAUCUCCUAAAGAAUGCGUUCUAAUGUUGGAUGGCUCCAAUCCCGAUAUGGAGCAGUUGAAAAAAGUAGUGGAACGUUGCGGAGUUUUGGUGACGACAAGAAAGAAAACCGAUUUUGGGACGGAUUCGUUGGUUCAAGAUCUAAAUAAAUUGAUUUCGUUUGAAGAGGGUCAGCAACCCAACGCUCACACAUUACCACAACUCGAGUUAGAAAUCGCCAGCUCGGCUUUGGCCGCUGCCAUUAAAUAUCUCGAAUUGUCGUCAGAUUCGGAUAACCUCAAUCAGUUUACUGUUGAAAAUUUGAGUUACGACAAAUUUGUUCAUCUGGAUAGUGCAGGCGUUGAAGCUCUCAACCUUUUACCUGCAGCGGGCACCAUGUCCAAAAACGAUUCCAUUCUUGGCAUUUUUGACAAAUGCAGGACUCCACAUGGUCAUAGAUUAUUAACUCAGUGGAUAAGGCAGCCUUUAAGGGAUUUAAAUAAAAUAAACGAACGUUUAAAUAUAGUCGAAACCCUAAUCAAUGACACUGAUGUUCGUCAACAGUUAUACGAUCAACAUUUAAGACUUAUACCCGACCUGCAAGCUUUAAUGCGUAAAAUUCAGAGAAAAAGAGCCAGCCUACAAGAUUGCUACAGAAUAUAUCAAGCUGUGGAAAAACUACCCGCACUUGUGGAAACAUUGAAUAACUCCGAUUACAAAACUCUCCAGAGUGUCAUCACUAUGCCUCUAAAAGAAUUGGUAAAGGACAUGAGUAACUACCAGUCUAUGAUUGAAGAAACAAUAGACUUCAACCUUGUUCAACGUGGAGAUUAUCUAAUACAGUCGGGUUUUGACGAGGAACUACAAGAAAUGAGAAAUCAAAUGAAUGAUCUUGAGGCAAAAAUGAAAUCAAAUUUGGCUAAAACCUCUGGACAGUUGAAAAUUCAAGUGAAGCUGGAUUCAAACUCACAAUAUGGAUUUUUCUUCAAAGUGCCAUUAAAAGAUGCCAAAACCGUAUCGAACAACAAAUCAUACGAGGUUCUUGAUACUACAAAAGGUGGUGGAAUGCGUUUCAGGUCUUCCAAACUAACGGAAAUCAACUCCGAUUAUCAGAGUAUUCAUCAAAAAUAUUUGGAACAUCAAAAAACUAUUGUCGAGGAAGUGAUUAAAACAGCUAGUAGUUAUAGUGCGACUCUAUUGAACCUCAGUCGGACUCUUGCACAACUCGACGUUCUCACAAGUUUUGCCAUGUUGGCGGCUAGCUCUUUACGGCCUUAUGUCCGACCGAUUCUACAUCCCCAGGGCACAGGUUUAUUGGAUUUAAAACAAAUCAGGCAUCCUUGUGUUGAACUACAAGAUUCCAUUUCUUACAUACCAAAUGACGCAUACUUUAAACAAGGAGAAUGUACGUUCAAUGUGAUAACUGGACCAAACAUGGGCGGUAAAAGUACAUACAUCAGAAGUGUAGCCGUAGCUGUAUUUAUGGCACAUUUAGGUAGUUUUGUUCCCUGCGAAGCGGCCGAAAUAAGUGUGGUUGAUGCUAUCUUGGCUCGUGUCGGAGCUAAUGAUUCUCAAAUCAAAGGACUAUCGACAUUUAUGGUUGAAAUGAUCGAAACCGUUUCAAUACUUAAGAAAGCGACUGCGGAAUCGUUGGUGAUAAUCGACGAGUUGGGCAGAGGUACAUCUACUUAUGAAGGUUGCGGAAUAGCAUGUGCCAUUGCAGAGCGUUUAGCGUCCGAAACUAAAGCGUUUACUUUGUUUGCCACACAUUUUCAUGAGCUAACUAAACUAAGCGAGAACAUAACAACGAUUGUAAACAAACACGUUUCUGCCGUUACUACUGAUGAUAGUCUUACGCUUUUAUACCAAGUACAACCCGGGUCGUGUGAUAAAAGUUUUGGUAUUCAUGUUGCGGCUAUGGCCAAAUUUCCAACCAGCGUCAUUCAAGAUGCUUCAAAAAAACUUGCUCUGUUAGAAAGUUUUGAAACUAAUCAAAAUAAUGAUGAUGUACAAAAAGAAAUUAGUGAACAGACCAAGGAAAAGUUUUUAAACGAGUGUAAACGGUGUGCUCAGGAAUGUGAUUUGUCCGACGAAGAGUUAUUUUCGCGUAUUAAAAAAUUGAGAACGGAGUACCUAUAAGUUGAAUCUUAUUUGUUAUCAACAUUAUAAUUUUUUUUUUUUAAUUAAUAACUGCCAGUUAUAAUUUAUUUUUUACAUUUACAGAUAAGUAAUAAUUAUCAUCAGUUUUUUUUUUUUUUUUUAAUAUAUCAGACUUAAGUAAAGUGGGUUGUUGUUUUUCAUAUAAGUAGUUUUACCUACGUUUUGUUUGGUGCAUAUUUCUGGAU